UUGAAAAUCUUCUCUGAAACUGCAAAUAACAAACCUUUGAUAUAAAAUGAUUUAAUCAAAUUAAACAAGUAUGUGUACUUUGGUUAACAUACGCCAACCACGUAAAUUAAUUUGUUUAGGUCUGAUUUAACGACAUUGAGAUUUUCAAAAGAACUAUGACUUUAUCUGAUUAAACACUUUAGCCCCCCCCCCCCCCUCCCUCUACCCACACUUUUAAAAUUUCCUUUGCAGCUUGCAAGCAGUUUUAGUCUAAAGUUUAAGCUAGCCCAUUAAACAGUGACCCCUUGUGAUGUGAGCCGAUUUGUUUAAUGCUUAGAACAUGGUUAUCAACAUUCCCCUAAAUGAAGCACUAGUCCAUCAGUGCUUUCAGCACUUUGAUUCCAAUUCGUGUAAAUCCGGCGAGUUUUUCGUGGGGGGUGGUUUACUGGUUUCCCAAUUUUGUUCUAGCGCUGUCAUACUGUAAGUGGUAAAAUUUUGUCGGCGAUAUCAGGCGAACGUUUCCGAAAAUAGUCGGGUUUUUUUCGUAAAAAAGCAUUGUCACUCCGAUGUCUCCGAAUAACGUAGGCAGUUUCCGCGCAAACAAAAACUUGGAUGGCGGAAAAAGCCGGUUUUCGCCGAAUAUUUAGUAUCCUUUACGACAUACCGCAAAUUGGAGGCAAAAAUAAACCAAAAAAAUAAAUCGAAAUACUGCUGUCAAAAUUGAACAAUGAAGUUUCUCCCCCCAGGAUAUAAUACUAAAGAGCUUGAACAGCCUGCGAAAAACAAAUAGAGGUAGCAUUCGCUGUCAGAAGUCGAUUCGAGGGUGUGAAAUGGUCCGAUUGGCUCCUAAAAAUAGAAGUUUGUGUAGUCUAAAACACAGUGACUUGGAGGGAAUGUGCUGAAUUUUGACCUCUACAAAAUUGAGUGACAUUUUACCUAAAAUAAACCUAAAAUAUAUAUAUUUUUCUUCAGAUUCAUCAAAGGGGUCACUCAUACCAACUAUCUAGCAUAAAUAACUAUGAAUUACGGCACUUUACAAAGUCAGAAAAUCUCGAAAUGAUCUAAAUUACUAAAAUAGGUCUAAAAUAAUAGACGUGUUAUACGGGAUUCUUCCAAUCCCUAACGUCGUGAAGGAUUUGCCAUAUCAAAAUUCUAAAAAAAAUCCGUCAACGUACAAUUAUUUGGACUAAUGUAUGAUUAUGGCCUUUGAAAUUGUCAAAAUUACUAUAAAAUACAGUUCAUCCAAUUCACUUCAUAAUUAAUGCACUUGUUUAGGACCAUCACAUACAUGUACAGUGAACUCGACAGUUCCGGGUCAUCGACAGUUCCGGGUCAUAUCGAGUCAUCGGGAAUAUAUCCUGUAGACAGCAACGCCAUCAGCAGUGAAGCAUUGAAGCCAGCACUUACAUUCGCAAGUGAAAGUACAAGAAUUGCCGAACGACACAAAUCUGGGGAAAGCAUACCCGCCAAUGAAACAACAGCAUCAGAACAGUAUAAGGCUGAAGGUGCCCUUGAAGCUUUAGAAUGUGCCCUGGCAACACCUGUUAGGCGGAAAUAUAAAGAUAGAGUAGUUGAAGGGUAUGAUGUUCAAGAAAGCUCCCCUUGCUUUGAAGUGUACAAAAAACUUUAUAGUAAGGCGCACCCUAGAACAUCAGAUGUUUCAGAGCAAACUGAAAACUCAGCAUUAAAGGGUCUGGAUCUGUUGGCCUCAACUGUAUUGUCACUAGGAAUUGGACACCACAAUAAAGAAACAAACCGGGAAGACACAACACAGGCAGUGGGCAUUGAUUUAGAAAAUGUUGUUUCUGGAACCAGCAACAGCGACUCAUACCUCUCCCCAGCUUUGGAUGUUUCCAAAAGUAGCACAGAUAUAUCACCGGCUGUAAGUGAAGCUCUUGUUUAUCCAAAACUACAUGCAGGCAAUAAAACAAAGCGCCGAAGAAUACUUGAAGACUUGCCAGACAAUCUCACAUCAGAAGACACAAUAAGGAAAAUGUCUCUGAGGGAGUUGGAAAAGAUAAAAACAUUUGCAGAGAGAGAGAAAAAAUCAAAAUCAUGUUAUUAUAAGAAAAUGAAAACAAAACAAUCAAAAGUUAAAGUAACUGCCAACAUGAACACACAGAAAACCCAGGGAAAGAAAAGUGAAACAUGUACAAACGACAAACGAGGCAUAGCUAAGGACUUAGAAUUUUGCAAAGGUUGUUUAAUGACAUGGCAAGAGGAGUUGGAGAUAGAUAGAGAAAGUAUAUGGAUACAGUGCGACAUUUGUGAUGGUUGGUUGCACUCUGACUGUAUUGCCGAUUCUGUUGCCGAAGAUGAACCUUUCCAAUGCCCUGACUGCACACUGAAGACGGGUCACUAAAAGAUUCACCGGAGUACGAUCCACAGGCGGGGGUUUCGGAGAGUACAUUUAAUGAAAGCGAUUAUAGUGGACCAGAUUUUUCUGUCAUUGAGUUACACAAAUCAGUUAUUAAGGGUUACCAUGCAUACAAGAUUAGGCCACCCUUUACAAAACAACCAACGCGUUUAAUAGUUGAUAGAGAGUAUACAAACAUUAAAGACUUGAAUGCUUGUUUGGUUUGGAUACCAUCAUUAGACCAGUUUCCACAGAAUGUUCAUGAAAUGGUAACCGAUACCAAAAGGUUUAUUAAAUUAAGUGAUAUUGCUGAUUUGCCGAUCGGACAUGUUCCAAGGUCUUUGGCAGGACUUUUUCGCUCUGUUUUGGACGAAGGUGGUGAAAUAUUUGCUGAAGCAACAGGAGAACCAGUUCCUAGCUUCCCACCAUGGCCUGCACCAAAUGAAGAAGGAGGGGGAGUGGUUCUUCCAGCUUCUUAUUUUAUAUAUGCAAAACAAAACAUAAAGAUGGUUUCAUCUCAGUUAAAAACCCUACUUAAUGCACUGAAAGAGGGUUCUGGAAUGAUGGUUGUAUUAAAGUAGAAUACUUUAGAAAGAAAAAACAGAUCAGAAAUGUACAUAAUGUUACUAUAUUGAAAUACCAUUGUGUUUUUCUUGUCUUAUGAAGUUAUACAUUUAAAGAUGUUGUUCAUCAAGUUAUUUUUAUUUAUCUUUGAAAAGUUACUGAGAAAUGUAAAGAGAAUAAUGUGUUCGUUUAUUCAGUUAUAUUUUGUUGUUUUUCAGUAGUUUAAUAAUAAAUGUGUUAUAAUUUUAAAUUUCAAAGAAAAUGUUAAAUAAAUGACCCGUUCCUUUAACAAAUGUACUGUUGCUAAUUACUGAGACCAAUAAUCCUACUCACAGCUGAUUAUAAAAAUUGUUUGAGAUUACCCCUGCCUUCAGAAAUGUGUAUUUUUAACGUGACCCGGAAGUGACGAGUCCGACCCGAAACUGUCAUAUUUACAGCUUCCAGUUGCAGACACUGAUGAAUCAUUUCAACAAAGAAACACAAGUGUUUCAUAGCAUCACAGUCUAGAUUAAGUAUUUGUUCAUCACUUUAUGUAGUUUUAAUUUUCUAUUGUUUCCUUUCCAACAGACACGCUUCGUUUAUUUCUUUACUGACCCGGAACUGUCGAGUUCACUGUAUUAGUGUAGAUUACUUCAUAUCAUCAUAAAUACAACUUUGCCUUUUUGCAGUCAUUAACUAGCUUUUUUUAUAUCACUUUAGCACUACGUACUCAAUAACAGUUUUAACGCACUUAUAAUGAUACACAUGCAGGUAAAGCCCCAAUAGCUCAGUGGUAAAGUAUUAAAAUAUGGUACCAGUAGCUCUCUUGCACAUGAGGUUCUUGUCUUGACCAAAUGUAUUUCUUUUGUUAAGUUGGCAAAAGACCAACAGCAGCAGUGACAUUUUACAGUGACCAUGCAUAGAUCUCAUGUCGUGUUGCAAAACAUCAAUGAGAGAUUAUUACUGUUUUAUAUAAUUACUUGUUCAUAAACAUUCCUUUCUUUAUCCACACAUAUUUUUUCCCAUUUUAAAUGACCUUUGAAUCACACUUGAGUGUCACUUCGGGGGCAUUCAACACUUAAAGUGAUAGCUUGUUUAAUUUUAAUUUUAAUGUAUUAGUACUUCACAUUUCUUUAUUU